UGCUGCCCGCCUGCCAUUAAUUAUUGACAAAAUGUAUGGGUUGUAGGGUGACACGAGACCAGCCUAGUACGGUAUACCCUACAGCAAGUACAGGUUAGGCACUUAUACUAUACCUAUACAGUAUAAUCAAUAAAUAAUGCCCUGGGAAAUGGAUGAUGAAGACUGUUGUAGUUCUAUGCAAACAACACCGUCAACCCUUCAACUUCACUCUCAGACCUAUCCAACAUCCAUCCCAUAGAUCUCAUCUACUGACCACACCAGAGGGAGGAGGAGGAGGAGGAGGAGGAGGAGGAGGUCCAAAAGACCGUGAAUUCAGACACGGCCAUCCAAAACUUCAACACCAUUCAGAAUCACCCCAAGCCCAGAUCCCAAUCCUCGACUCUACUGCACAAACCCACCAAUAUCAAAUCUUGCCAUAUCAGACCACCCCGGAGAUCAAAAAAAAAUAAAUAAAUAAAUAAAUAAACAAGCAAACGGUAACACAAACAGAUUCCACCAUCAACC